AUGAAGUUCCAAGCCGCUUUUCCCGUCAUUCUCUCCUUCACUGGCGUCGCCCUCGCUGUAACUGUCGCCACUGUGUUGAGCGAUAUUGCUACGAUCUCGAGCCAGACUACAACUUUAGACAAUGCAAUCAAGGCCUUCCCGAACACUGGAGGGUCCCUUACUAGUGCUUUGGCUAUUCACAACGACGCGACAAAUUUGGUUACCUCUAUAAACCAAGGCACAGCCGACGUCCAGGCUGUCCCCCUCCCCAUCUCUGAGUCUGACGGGCAGUCCGUCCUCUCCGCCGUCCAAGCCUUCGAACCUACGAUUUUGGACGCCCUGACGCAGGUAGUCGCCAAGAAGGCCGCUUUCGCCGCCCUCCCCAUCGGCGGGAUCCCGGCACUUGUGAAACAGGAUUUAAUCAACUUGAAUGCGAGCACUUUCGCCUUUGAAGCUGCUCUAAUCUCCACAGCGCCUACCGACCUAGUCCCGACCGCUACGUCGAUUAAGAGCUCCAUCGACGCUGCUUUCGCGACUGCUGUUGCUGCUUAUUCAUAA